AGGUAACAGGGUCGCUAAUGACUAACAGCAAAAUGGMCAGCUCUUGGAUUUUGAGCUUUCUUGUGCUAUCCCAGACUCUUUAUCURACUCAUUGCGAACAAUUCACAGCUUUAGUAGACCUAGAGCACUUAGUUUACAGAGAGCGAGAAAUGAAAUACGCGUUGAAGAGCUACAUCACACUUGAAGAGAACCGCUUACGUGUGUUAAAAAAGUUUUUAGAAAAAGUUGAAAAUGUCCAUAGUUCUGUCGUGGAUGGCCAGCUAGAAAACUUCUUAGGACAYCCUGUGAACUCAUAUGUCUUGAUAAAAAGAUUUUACAAUGAGUGGCCUUACAUAGAGCGAACUGUUCAACACGACAAUAGCGAAGACAUAAUGCAAGUCUUAGAAAAACAUAAGAGUGACUAUUCCACAAAAGAGGACUUUGAGGGAGCCAUUGUUGCUUUAUUACGUUUACAAGACACAUAUCGACUCGCAGCAAAAUCACUCUCUGAGGGGCAACUCCCUAACGUGAGACAGAUGCCUCGAAUGACAGUUGGAGAUUGUUAUGAAGUUGGUCGUUAUGCAUAUCUCAAUAACGAUAUGUUUUAUACAAAAUCAUGGAUGGAAGAAACGUUGAGGAAAAUCCGAGCAAAAGAGGACGAAGACGAAGUUAAUAMGUUUGAUGUUUUGGAUCAUUUAGCAUACGCAGAGUGGCAGAGAGGAAAUUUAAAGAAAGCUUUUAACUACACGUUAGACAUGGUUAAAUUAGAUCCCACUCAUGAAAGAGCUGCUGAUAAUGUUAAUUUUUUUGGAGAUGAAAUUAAAAAGUCUUUAAAGACUGGUAGCCGUGGUGACACGGGAUUGCUAGAGGAUAGUGGUCCAAGGUUUAAGGUGAGAAAAGAAAGAGAACACUUCCACCGGACCAAGGCUUUUCAAGACUAUGAAAGACUUUGCAGGGGACAAGUAAGGAACUUGACUAAAUGGGAGAUGAGUAAAAUGAAGUGCUGGUACACUAAAAAACAUCCCCUUACAAUCCUCAAGCCUGGCCGUGUUGAAAGGGUGUUUGUCAAACCAGAAAUCUUCAUUUUGAGAAAURUUCUUUCUGAUUCUGAGAUCAACCUUGUCAAGGAGUUAGCAAUACCCAGGCUCCGUCGUGCCACAAUCCAACACCCUGUCACUGGGAAACUUGAGUAUGCCAAAUACCGCAUCAGUAAAAGUGGUUGGAUACCAGACGAAGAUGACAUARUAAGAAUUUAUGGAACUGAUUACAUCGAUUCAAAUCUUCAGGAAGGCGAAGAUAAGUUUACUUCACUUGGUACUGGAAACAGAAUAGCUACCUUCCUUGCCUAUUUAUCAGACGUUGAGGCUGGAGGGGGAACAGUGUUCACAAGGGCCGGGACAGUGGUAUGGCCAAGUAAGGGUGAUGCCGCGUUCUGGUACAACCUCAAGCAAAGUGGUGAUGGAGAUGACAGCACAAGACAUGCAGCAUGUCCAGUUUUAGUCGGAAGUAAAUGGGUUGCCAAUAAAUGGAUUCAUGAAGUUGGACAAGAAUUUAGAAGACCUUGUAGCUUAAAGAGAUCUGAAUAACUUAUUGAGUCAGAAUAAUAUCGAUAUAGUAACGGGUAGUGUUACCAUGGCAACAACGCAUUACUAUGGUUACAGUUUACGCUACCAUGACGAUUAACCUCGAUAUAGUUAUGUUCAUUGCUASCGUAGUCACGGUUACGUCUUAAUGGUUACUCUGGAGACGUACCACGUAUCGUAGCGUUUUAAACAGUUGCCUGGAAACGCCACUGGUGGGCGUUGUCUGACAUUUCAAGUUAGUUGUUUUCACAACUUAGUAUGCUUUAUUCCCCGUCGCUCCCCUCCCUUCACUUUUUCGCAUCAUUAUGUUUUGAAUUUAAGAGGCAUAUUUUAUAUAUUUUUAAUGCGCGCUUGCAAAAAAUAUUUUACAGAGUUUAUAAAGUAAAUUUAUAAAAGUAUAUCGAUGAUAAAAAAUUAAUAAUCCCUAAUAAAGAUUCUAAAGAAAAAUAGUGUAAAGAUUUGAAGAAUGUUAGCAUUAAACAUUGAUCUAUUGCUGCAGUCAUUAUGAUUAUCUAAUUGCCUCUGUAUUGCUUCCCUCUUGAAGAUUACUUCUGGAACAUUCAGAGCGCUCCAGAGCGCACAAUCCAAACAUGGUCAUGUUGUUACCUUAUAAGGGCCCGUUUACAAAUAUUGUGUUUCAAAUUGCGAAAUAAACUGUUUAAAUAAGA